AGCCCCUGGAAUGACAAAGUCAUUGGCUUGCUCCUUGGAGAAUUGCAGAGGAGAAGUGACCAAGAGAAUUGGCCAUUCCAAAGGUCAGAGGCAUAUUUCAGGGAAGUUCUUCAAGACCGCUACAAGCGCCUGCGUACAGUCUGGACAGCCGCACAACCCAAGGUUACACCAAAGGGCGGAUUGGAAACUCCUGCAGAGGUGGAACAGAGGCUGAUCAUGAAGAAGGAUGAGUUAUUGAAAAUGACUCAUCAGACAACGCAUCAGAGAAAUGCUGACAAGAACCAGGAAGACCUUCCAGCCUGGCAGUGGCUCCAGCGACUAGUGAAGACGUUAGGAGAGAGCGGAAUGAGUUCGGAGGAGAGUGAUGUCAAAAAUGAUAUUGAAACAGUUCUUCAUGUCAAGAACAUGACUUGGCGCUGUGCGAUCGAACAGGAAUUGGAUAUCAUCGAUCACCAAAGAAUCAUGGAUGAUGAUAUUUUU